ACAGCUGGAUUAACAGCGCGUGAGAUUGCCGCAGCCGAGCUCAAGUUCGAUCCCAGUUCCAAUUCAGCCGGCGACAGUUCCAAUCCGAGUUCGGCAAGAAUCAGGAGCUCUCCCCUGAAUAAAUGGGCGGCGCCGGUGGGAGCAGCAGCCCCAGUUCGAUCUGCUCCCCCACCUUCCCGAUCUCCAGACCUAGGCACGCCAUCGAUGGCGGCCAAGGUGCUCCAGCUCCGCAGCGCCGACGGCAAGGUGCUCGUCGCUCCGGCGUGGGACUAUCGCCCGGCCGCCGCCCAAGCCCUCCCGCUGGAGACGCGGGUGCCCUCGCGCGUCCUCGAGAGGGUGCUCCAGUACUGGACCAAGCACAGCCUGGCCAAGGCCACCGGUGAGUCCCGGGACUCCCUCGCCCGCUGGGACGCCGACUUCCAGCGCCGUCUCGAGGAAGACGGCCUCGCCAAGGAGGCCGCCGCAGCCGCCCAAGAACUCCGCCGCCACGGCGUCCACCAUGGAGGGCGUCCCCGUCGCCACGCCGGCACGGGCGCAUCUGGUGUCGCUGCUCCAGCCACCGCUACCCGUGCUGAUCCCGUCCGUGCCUGGUGCCAACUCGUUCACCACCUCAAGGGUGUCGACCACGGAGAACCUAGCCCAGCGCCGACGGCGCCCAUCGCUUUCCAUGCCUCCGAUAUUGCCGUCGCCGCGCGUCCUGGGCCUGCCACCACCUUGCCGGCCGCUGCUGGUGCUCAACCCGUUGGUGUCCGGUGCGCCAUCCGUGCCCGUGGACGCCAGAUGGAUGAAGACGAGGAGUCCGCUUGCCACCACCGCAAGCUCCCGGCUUCCAAGGCUUCCAAGCCUCGCUCUUCGGUCUGCCUGCCUGCCACUGCUGCUGCGCCCGUGAAGAAGGUCUCUCGCCAGGUCGCUUCCAAGGCUUGCUCUUUCGUCGGCUCUACACCACUGCCUGCCCCUGCCACUGCUGUGAAGAAGAUGACUCCAGCAGCUUCAACUCUGCGCGCAAGAAGGGGGAUGGGGGAGCUCAGCUGCAACGUUCCCAAGCAAAACCAAUCGCCAUUGCCUGUCAUUGCUGUUGCAGCACCAAUGAAGCAACCAAUUCCUUGGCUGUGUCCAGUGGUAUUACGCCUUCCCUAGUCUUUUAGUUGCUUCCUAAACCAUGCACACAUAAGUUUCAUUUAAUCUUUGCAUCUCUAGGUUCUGCACUUGCUUACCAAGAUUUCUAGUGUUCUUUGAAUCCCGUUCAGUCAUUAGUAAUUUUACUAGAGUGUCAGCAGAGUCUCCAUCUAGUCUAGGCAGCAAAAACCUUGUUAAGAUGUGUACGACAUAGUUACCACUGCAUCCAUACCUGAUCCUAAGUUAAGGGUUUAAGUAAAUAAAGGGCAUUUUCAAUAAAUCAAAGUAAGCAGAUGAGCCUAAAAAGGAAACUCAUGUACUGCAAUUCCGGCACGAGACAGAGCGUAAAACGCACUCGCCGCAAAAUCCAAAACGCCCGUUUGCUACCCGGCUUGUAGCAGGAAAAAAGGAGUAGAAUUGAACUUGUCGAUACACACGUAAUCUUGUGAGCUGCCUAGCGUUUGGAGACUAUGCUGACUCUCCUGUAAAAUUAAUCUUGGCUGAAUUGGAUUCUUAGGCAUUGGCGUCUUGGUGAGUUAAAGUUGCAGUUUCCGACGAGUAACAUUGGUUAGUGAACUCUUGUGUGUAUGUGUGGGUGAAGCUUUGAGCUAAGCAAGUCCUCAAUGUACCGACUAUCAAGUCAUAUUGUAAUCAACAUCAGAUAUGAACGAAAAAUUGUUGGCCUGAAUUUGUGCAGAGCAUUUGAGCAACUUUCUGUAUAUAUGUUUGUUGUAUGCAUCUAUGACUUAUUAAAACAUUCUGCUGCUCUAGUCGGAAAAGGGUGUGUACUGAGGCACCGAUCCAAUAGAACUCAGCUCUGAUUUCCCAAUACUUCGUUUGAGUGGUGAAGCACAGAACCAUGUUUUUGACAGUUAAUGGUUAGAAGAUUUUUUUGGUUUGAGAUA